AUGAAUAAGUUAAUAAUAUUCUGUGUGAUGAUCGCAUUGGUUUAUUCAUCGCAUAUUUCAAUUCCCUACGAAUUUUGGCAUUGUGGAACAGAAUCAGUAAAGAAGCAGGCGAAGGAAAUGGCGGAGACGUCGUGCUCAAACUAUACAAUUGCUCUUAAUCACUGUUGCGCUGUUCAUGAUGAUUGUUAUACAAGACAAGACGGAAAGGACAACUGUGAUGCCCAAUUUUGCGACUGUUUCGAGAAGAAUAGUGAUGAGAUUUGUAAAAAUGAGUUCACGACACUUGCAUGUGCUGCUGUUGAAAUUUUCGGACUUCCGGCAUAUUCGGCAGCUGCUAAACGCGAGCCAAGAAACAAGAAAAUCCUGAUUUCGCCGGGUUUGGAAGCGCUUGACACCAAAUAUCGCCAAUUAUAUGAUGUCUGUCCCGGAAAUGUUAUCACUAUUUCGUCUUGUGCUUUCGCGUACAACUUGUGCGCAAAUGGGACCAACACGAAUAUUUGUCGAGAAAACUUGGCAAAUUGCCUAGAAGCGAUAAACAGCACAAACACAAAAUGCGUGAGAUUGCUGAAAUUUAUAAGCGACAGCUUGCGACUUGAAAAUGUGAUCGUUGUCGUUAGUGAUAUAGUUGACGAAGACGCAUUAGAUAUCGAUUUUAUGAAAACGCAGAAGAACUCGAAUCGCGAAAACGACGACGCCGCCCAAUUGUUCGUUGUUCUCAUCAUUUUCGGAAUGGUCUUAUUCGUUAUAUGCGCCGGAAUUAAUAAUUUCGACGAGGAGAAUCAAGGCAUUAUUCCCGCCGAUAUUGCUCCGCGAGCAAUUGUUGUUAAUCCAAAUAAAUAUUGA